UACCACAGGGCUGGGCUAGCAGGGGCUGCGGGUCGGGAGUGAGGGGUCCUGCGUCUGUCUGUCUGUCUGCCCAGGUCGGUGACGGACCCCCGGGACGGGAAGCGGGUCGCGCUGAAGAAGAUGCCGAACGUUUUCCAGAAUCUCGUCUCCUGCAAGCGGGUUUUUCGGGAACUCAAGAUGCUCUGUUACUUCAAACAUGAGAACGUGCUGUCGGCGCUGGAUAUUCUGCAGCCCCCCCAGAUCGACUGCUUCGAGGAGAUCUACGUGCUGACGGAGCUGAUGCAGAGCGACCUGCACAAGGUGAUCGUGUCCCCGCAGCCGCUGAGCGCCGAGCACAUCAAGGUCUUCCUCUACCAGAUCCUGCGCGGGCUGAAAUAUUUGCACUCGGCCGGCGUGCUCCAUCGGGACAUCAAGCCGGGGAACCUGCUGGUGAACAGCAACUGCGUCCUCAAGAUCUGCGACUUCGGGCUGGCGCGGCUGGAGGAGCCGGAUGAGGGGCAGCCCAUGACGCAGGAGGUGGUGACCCAGUACUACCGGGCCCCCGAGAUCCUCAUGGGCACCCCCCACUACGGCCCCCCCAUCGACCUCUGGGCCGUCGGCUGCAUCUUCGCCGAACUGCUCGGCCGGCGCAUCCUCUUCCAGGCCUCCAGCCCCAUCCAGCAGCUGGACCUGAUCACAGACCUACUCGGCACUCCCCCUCCCCAUGCCCUGCGCUCGGCCUGCGAGGGGGCCCGCGCCCACGUGCUGCGAGGGGCCCACAAACCGCCCGCGCUGUCCGUGCUGCACCUGCUGUCGGGGGAGGCGACCCACGAGGCCGUUCACCUGCUCUGCCGCCUGCUGGUCUUCGACCCCGAGCACUGGGGGUCCCCACCCCCGGACGCCGGGGUCCCACGCUGGCUCUCACAGGCGCGGCGGAUCUCGGCGCGGGAGGCGCUGGCCCACCCGUACCUGCAGGAGGGGCGACUCCGCUACCACACGUCCAUGUGCCGCUGCUGUCACAGCCUGGCCUCGGGGCGUAUCUACGCCAGCGACUUCGAGCCCCCCGCGGCCCCCCGCUUCGACGACGCCUACGAGCGGGGCCUCAGCUCCGUCUGGCAGGCCAAAGAGCUGGUUCACAGCUUCAUCCUGGAUCAGCAGAAGGGGACGCGGGUCGCCCUGUGCAUCAACCCCAACUCGGCCGCCUUCAAAACCUUCAUCCGGUCGACGGCCUGGCAUUCGUCGAAAGUUUCCAAGAAGGACGAGAGAUGAAGGCGGCUGGAGGCAGCUUUGGGGUUCGGGGUGGCCAGAAGGAAGGAGAAAGGGGGGGCGGAAACAGCCAGCCACGGCGGGACAGACCCCGAAUUGCCUACUGAAGUAGUGGGGAAAAGGCCGAGGGUCCCGGAGCUGAAAUCAAAGGGACCCCUCAAGUUCCCCCCGAACCUCCCUGCACCCCCAAACCCUCUGAGUCUGCACUGGGAAUACGGCCACCCCUGAGCCCCCCCCAACCCCCUGAGUUUGCACUGGAAAAGUUAACCCCACUGCACCCCCAAAUUCCUUUGAGCCUGCACUGGAAAUGAGACUCCCCGUCUCUCGCCUCAGCAACCCCAAAUUCCCCUGUCUCUGCACUGGAAAGAUGAGCCCCCCAAACCACCCCACAGCACCCCCAAACUCCUCGGAGUCUGCACUGUCAAUGCCCCCCUACACCUGCCCCGCCGUCCUAGUUUCCCCUGUGUCUGCUCAGGAAACAUGACCCUCCCCGGGCCCCAAAAACUUCCCCCAAGCACCCCUGAACUUCUGAGUCUGCACUAGAAACAAACCUACCUUGAGCCCCAAAUCCCUCCCACGCCCCCCCCCAAAUUUCCCUGAGGCUGCACUGGAACCAGGACCCCCCAAAUUCCCAAGUCUGCACUGUGAAUACAGCCCACCCCCCAAGUCCCCUUAACGCCCCUCUGCCUCCCCAACUCCUCAGCACUGUCCCCCUCCACCUCCCCCUCUUUCCCCAGCCCCAACAUACCCCCAACAACCCCCGGGGCCCCAUUCCAGCCCCCAACCACUGACCUCCCCUCAGGAGUCCCCCCCCAGCCAGCACCCACUCCCCACAGCGCCCCCCCGGGAGAGGCUGGGAAUUUGUAUUAAUUCACUGCUCCCCAAAUCUCCUUCCCCCCCCGAAAUUUAGGGUUUCGGUGGCUCCGGGCUCCGUCUUCGCCCCGAUUUUCCCCGCUGGUUUUUCAUUGCAAAGGGGGCAACAAAACGAAAAUACCCUGGAAACUUGAAAUGCU